AUGGGGUCUGCGUUGCUUGGUAUUGAUCUGGGUGUUAUGGAACCAAAUUAUUCGGUUUCGACUGCUUGUGCUACUUCAAAUUACUAUUUCGAUGCUGCAAAAAUCACAUUCGUCGAGCUAUUGCAUGUGGUCGACCUUGGGGUUGGCCUGAUUUCAUUACAUUGGGCAAUUUCGAACAGGGUUUCAAGACCAUUUUCAGAUUCACCGCCAACUCAUUACACUCUAAAAAUAGAGGCGUUUUCGUUGCUGAAGAAGCAUUCAACAUCAGAGGGUAGCUUUGAGUCAGGGAAGUUUGACGCUGGAGGAUACAAAUGGAAACUGGUGUUCUACCCAAAUGGAAACAAGAAGAAGAAUGUGGAAGACCACAUCUCUGUCUACUUAAAAAUGGCUGGAGCAAAUUCACUUGAGACUCGUUGGGAAGUCUCUGCUGAUUUUAGAUUGUUUUUGCUUGAUCAGAAUACGGGAAAAUACUUGGUUCUUCAAGAUGCUAAUCUAAACAAGAUUUGCUUGCACCGGGCGAUGCUCGAAAUGGGUUUCGAUAGAGUUAUCCCUCUGAAAGCAUUUGCUGAUGCUUCCAAUGGCUAUCUCGUUGAUGACAAGUGUGUGUUUGGAGCCGAGGUCUUUGUUUGUAAAGAAAGAAGAGCAGGCAAGGCAGAGUGCCUAUCAGGGAUCAACAGUGCUUCUACGAACAAGUAUGUUUGGAAGAUUGAGAAAUUUUCAAAGUCAAAAACCGAAUGCUUGGAAUCACAACCGUUCAAUGCUGGAGGACAGACAUGGAAGAUAAAGCUCUAUCCCAAGGGAGCUGACAACGGAAAGGGUACUCAUGUUUCUAUUUACUUAAAAUGUGCUAAUCCAGAAAAGCUAUCUCCUGGCUCCCAAAUACUUACAGAGUUCACUCUGCGCAUCGUAGAUCAAUUGAAUGCCAAGCAUUUUUAUGGUAAAGGUAUUCAAUGGUCCUCAGCUUUGGGUAUUGGUUGGUCUAAUUUCAUUACAUUGGGCAAUUUCAAUCGGUUAGACAAGGGUUAUUUGCUGAAGGAUACUUGCUUAAUUGAGGCGGAGGUCACUGUCCAUGGAAUUGCUAAAGCAUUAUAG